UCGUUCCCUCCUCUCUCUCUCUCUCUCUCUCUCUAAACCAGAUUAUUGUAUUUUUAUUAAUCCUUUCCUCAUCAAAAUCAUAAUACUCGAUCCAAUUAUUAUUUUAUUUAUAUAAUUCGACUCUUUUUCAUAAUCUCUCUUUAUAAAUAACGCACGAAACCCUGUUCCUACAAUAAGAAGAAGAAGAAGCGUGGGAUAAUCGCAUAAUUUGUUCUCCGCGCGAUGAGAUUGGAGAUGGGAACGCAGAGGGGUUCCGACGCGUGCGACGCCCCCCACGAGAUCGAGAAGCGGCGCGAGUACGCGGCGGCGGCGCCGCCGGAGCCGCCGGAGCCGCCGGCGGCGGUGGCGCCGCCGUGCGUGGGCGGCGGCGGCGGCGGAGGAGGAGGAGGAGGAGAGGGAGGAAGAGGAGGGGAGGAGGCGUUCGUGCCGCCGAUAAACUUCGCGAUGGUGGAGGAGGGGAUCUUCCGCUCCGGCUUCCCCGAGAAGCCCAAUUUCGGCUUCUUGAAGAAGCUCAACCUGCGAUCCAUCGUGUACUUGUGCCCGGAGCCGUACCCGGAGACCAACACGGAGUUUCUUGAGGCCAACGCGAUCAAAUUGUUCCAGUUCGGGAUCGAAGGGCGCAAGGAACCUUUUGCCGACAUCCCUGAUGAUGCAAUACGAGAAGCCCUCAAAAUCAUCCUUGACGAGAGAAAUCAUCCAUUGCUUAUUCACUGUAAAAGAGGGAAGCAUCGAACUGGUUGCGUUGUUGGAUGCUUGAGAAGACUGCAGAAAUGGUGCUUGACUUCGGUAUUAGAUGAAUACCAGCGUUUUGCUGCAGCCAAGGCGAGGAUGUGCGAUCAAAGGUUUGUGGAGUCAUUCGACAUAUCGAGCUUAAAACAUUUGUCUGCCUCACAUUUGAAGAGGUCAUCUGUUGCUUGAAUUUCUUUUUACUUCUUUUUAUUUUUUUUUUUUUGGGUAAGCCAUUAGAGCUCCGACCUUCUUUCCUGCGGCAUGGAACAUUCAGCAGAGAAAGCUAGAAAACAACAGAUAUAUAAUAUAAUGUAGGGAGAUAAUCUCUUGGACUUGAUUUGGUUGGAGAGAGUGCCCCUUCCGUCAUUAGUACACUCUUUACUACACAGCUUAGUACAUUUUAUGGUCGUAAGUUCUAAAGGGGUUUUAUGGUUAGACGCAAGAGGUAUAACUUUUUUUGAGAUCUCUUGCAUGAAUUAUUUUGGUCCAACUAAAGCUUUGGAUAUGAUGUCUAAUGAAAAAGCUUGGGUUUAGUUACACCAGUGACCUGUUUUACUAUUCUCUUGUGUUUCAUGUAUUUGUCAACUUCCGCUUAUCCGUGAAUUGUAUAUACUACGUAUGUAUAUAACAAUCCUCGUGUGGAUGGAUUUGAGCACAUGCCGGGCACAUGGAUGUAAGCAAAAUGGAAGGUGAUUAAAUGAGAGAUUAGGAGUGUGGAAAGAUUUGAGUUCUAGAUCUUGUGCUAAGCAAUAGUCUUUUUCCCCCCCUUAAUAGCUUAAGCUAUCACAGCACGUGUAAAUACUGUAUGAAUAAGGUGUAUACACUGUAUAUUUUAACAAUAGUUAUUGAUUGAUAAUUGGUCAAAACACCGGUCUGAAUAGCUCGGGUUUGCAGGUAUUCAAAUUUUCUCGAGUAAAUGUUUUGGUUCUCUUUUAAGGAGUCUCCUAUGUAUUGUUGAUUUGCUGGCAAAUUCUUGUGAUACAUUGGAUUUACUUUGUAUGGAUUAAUCAAUCGACUCUGUUUCAUGCA